CUUUCCUCCCAGUCUGUCAGAGGGAUGGAGCUGGAAAGCUAAAGAGCACAGCUGGAGCCUGCAGAGUUCCGGCAAAGCUCCGACUUUGACCCGGUUUCCCUUUAAAAGCUGCCUGAGAGCUCAGUUCCCCCGUCACGGCCUUUGGACCUAACACCCAUCACACCAUGAAGCUCUGCCUUGUGCUUUGCUUGGCGCUGUUUUGGAUGGAGCUCCAACUGGGUGCCAGCCAACAAGCGAACAAGAGAAGAAAGGAUGCAGGAGAGAACCGCAUUAGGCCAGGAGGGAAACGAGGGAAGGCGCGUCAACCAAAACUGAAAGAAGGCGGCGGCAGAGGCCACACCCUGCUGACCCAGGUGUUGGAAAAGGGGCGCUUCCUACGUCUGGGCCAGAGUACCGUUCUGACCCCUGGGAACGACCUGGAGCUGCGCUGCAAAGGCAGUAAGAUCGGUUGGACUUACCCCUCCUACCUGGACACGUUCAACGACACACGUCUCAGCGUCAUACAGAGUGACAAGUACGGUCAGCUCAUCCUGACGUCGCCGUCUGCCGCCGACACCGGAAGGUACAGCUGCUAUGUGAUCGUGUGUGACGGUAGUGAGUGCGAAAAGGACCACGACCACGCGUUCGCCUCCCACAUCUAUUUUGCAGACAAGGACAACCUCUUUGUCCCAUCGGACAUCCACUUCCAGAUUGUCUACAUGCGCCCGGACAAGCCCGCCAAUGUGCCGUGUCGCGUGACCACCCCGCACGCCACAGUGUCGCUGCACAGAGAGGUCCCCCCCGAGGAGAUAGCUGCCAAUGGGACCUUGGUGACUUACGACCCUGCCGAGGGUUUUGUCCUGCAGACACCCAGCCUGGAGUACCAGGGGGUGUUCUACUGCAAGGCGGUGGUCAAAGGAACCCCACAAAUCUCCACUAAAUACCAGCUGCUCUAUGUGGAGGUUCCUAGUAGUCCGCCAUUCGUGAGCCUGAAGGCUUCUUCUAAGCUGGUGAAUGGAGGCGACAACGUCAACGUGACCUGCAGUGUGAUAGGGGAGCCUGACGUGGACGUGAGCUUCACCUGGUCUUAUCCAGGCCAGGGGCAGCGUCCAGUUCACAUCCACACUUCAUGGAGGCUGGUCAACAGAGGACGCGGUCAAACUACACGAAUGACCCAGAGCGUGCUGAGCGUGGAAGACAUGGAAACCAUCGACUUUGGAAAGUACAUCUGCAAAGCCAAGAACCAACACGGCGAGACGCUGGUGACAACCGACAUCACGUCAGACUAGCCUGUUAUGCUUUUGGUGGUCUAUUCAUAACUUGUAUAAUAAAGCUAUACUUUGCCGAAUAUCGUGUUGAACACGUUAACAAUUCCAAACGGGCUGAGUAAGGGGAGAGGAUAACAGUGUUGUGCUCCUCAUCGCCUCUUGAGUUAAAAGUGUGAUGCAGGAAAAGAAGCAAGGAGCUUUGAAGCGAGCCACAAAGAGCAGGAUCUGUUUUAAAAGUUUGCCAGGCUGACAUCCUAAUGUGCUCCGUAUGUGGAAUGUGUUACGCAGGCCCAGAACAUGUUUGGUUUUAGUGCUGCUUUUUCCACUUUCUUUCUGAGUUUUAACAUUCUGCAGUAAGCUUGCAGGACUUCACGAGAAUAGUGUAACGCCUUCUAUCAAUAAAAGUCUUGACAUUUUAUAAGCGCUCACAGAUAACUCAUAUAGCAAGUUUAAAAUUUAUUUAUUUAUUGCAUAUUUCAAAAAGAGUGACACCAAUAAUAGUAUUUCCACACAAAUUCGAUUUUAGGGGUGUAGCAAAGUCCUUCUUGCCGAAAGACCCCGACUUUAAAGCUGUGUAGGGGUUUUGGGGUUCAGCACGGCGGACUUUAACAAGACUUUAGAUUGGUCCCUUGAAAAAACAAAAAAAAAGGGGAAGGCCACAAAGUUGGAGGCUGCAGAUUCUUAAAGAGAUUCUGCACCUGCCGCAAAUAGCAUUCAUACAUGGAAGCACAAACAAUUAGAGGGUCACUCGUGCACAAAAUAGUGAAACGGUGCGGGGUUCCUACGCAUGCAGUGUGUGAGUACAAGCCACCAGUGGUUACAACUCGAGAAAGAAAAAUAGUGUUCCAUAACAAGUCCUGAGAUUCCUUUCACUUCCCCAACUCCUCAAUAGAUGUGACAGCCAGAGAACAUUGUGGCCAUUCUUAUUAAGUGCGUGUGCAUCGUUUUUUUUAAAAGUCAGUGUCUCUGUGGGUGGGGGUCAUCUGAAGAAGCCGUCUCCGCCCGCCGAAGUGCCAAGAGGGCCGACUUCAAAGACGCCGCCGUUAUCUGGGCGAGAAAGGCGGGGAAAAACAGGCGCCAGGACUGCGGGGUGAUUGGAAGCUGAAGGAGUGGGAAGGAGAUG